CCCUCCAGCAUGGAGCACAGGCGAACUGUCAGUUAACCCUCAGCUUACGUCUCUACCAGGCCGGCCUUCUCUGGUGUGCCCUCUAGUGGAAUCCUUCAGUAACACACAUCGUAUAUAAGUAUAUGAACAAUUCUGUUCACGACGCAGCCACAAACGCGUGGUUAAAAAGUGGAAUACAGGUGCCAUGGUGACGCUGAAUCACUUGAGUGUAGAGGACUCAGACGAUGGCUCUCCGCUGCUGCCUGAGGCUGUGGAGGCUGCAACACAUACGUCUGUUUUUCACAGACGGAGAGUGAUCACGAACGCUGUCUCCAGGGAAUUCUUCCUCAGCAGGAGUGAGAACCUUGCCUUCAGUUUGGUGCUGCUGAUUGGAUGCUACUCGGCUAUUCUGAUUCCUGCUUAUCUCCCCUCAGAUAAAGCAGCACCUCUCAGUGAUGGCAACCAACUUCCCAAAGAUCUGGUCUUACUCAAUCGGUCAGCCUCCCUGCUGUCAGGCCCCUGUCAGCCUCGCUGGUGUUUGGAGCACCUCAAGCCCCUGUCGUGUUCUGCAGGCCUCCUAGACAUCCCUGUGUUUGUGCAGCAUGACAGGCCUGUGUCCUGGAAUCUGUACCCUCCUCUGGGGCUGCAGGGCAGCGAGGAGCAUCUGGCCCUGGCUCUAGCAUCCCUGCCUCAGCCUGGCCUGCCUCAGUCACUGAAGGGUGAAGGCAGCUGCAGGCGAUGUGUGGUGGUGGGCAAUGGAGGGGUUCUUCACGGGAGCCAUCUUGGAUCCCAUAUAGAUCAGUAUGACAUCAUUAUCAGGCUAAAUAACGCUCCAGUGCCUGGUUUUGAGAAAGACGCUGGUUCACACACCACCAUCCGCCUGAUUUACCCAGAAGGAGCACCUCACUCUGCAAACGAGUACAAAAAGACCACCAUGGUUGCUCUGGUGGUCUUUAAGAGCCUGGACCUGGACUGGCUCACUUCUGUCAUCACCAAACAGCCCCUGAGCUUUUGGUCCAAAAUAUGGUUCUGGAGGGAGGUGGUGGAGGAUAUUCCCCUGAGAGCAGAGAGCUUCAGGAUCCUCCAUCCUGAGAUUAUUCACAAGACAGGACAAGUUCUACAGAAAUAUGCUCUGAAACAGGGAAACAUGGUGCCGACACUUGGUGCAAGUGCAGUGGUGAUGGCUUUGCAGCUGUGUGACCAGGUGAGCCUGGCAGGGUUUGGGUACGACAUGCAGCACCCAGAGGCCAGGCUUCACUACUAUGAGAGCAUACGCAUGGGUGCGAUGAAGGCUCAGGUGGUGCAUGACAUCAGCGCUGAGAAACUCUUCUUGAGGGACCUGGUGGCUGCAGGAGCUGUGACAGACCUCACAGGAGCUCUGUGAGUCAGCGGUGCAGAGACUGAUAAUGUACUGAACUCUACAUGCACUCCUCUCUCUCACUGCGAGUCUGUGUGGACUCCUGCAUCACUGUACUCUGCUGGAAGAACCCCACACAGCAUGAACUGACCUUUAAAGUGCUCACAGUCUGCAGGGGUGACUGACGAGUGAGCAAAUUAAAGGUUAGACGUGCUCAUGAUUGGUGAGACUAACCUCAGCAUAUCUUGUUUAAAUUCAGUGAGUGUAUUACAUCAGAAUCUGUUACCAGUCAUUUUCAUAUGGAUGAGUAACUGUGCCAUCACACACGGGAACAUGCUCAGUAUUUGACUGUUUGUU